AUGUCCGACGACGAACGCAUGGAUAUGGGCGGGGACGAUGGGGACUACGGGGAGUAUGAUCCCGAUGAGGUCAACUAUGAGCCAGAUGAAGCAGCAAACGGGGAGAACGGGGAUGGUCCUGAUGGCGAGAUUGAUGAGACUAUGAUUGUCGAAUCAAAUGCGCCUGCUGAAGGCGAGAAGCAGCGGAUAGGCAAGGCGGCAGUUGCGAAUGAGGUGCGAGUCACCACCCCAUAUAUGACGAAAUAUGAGAGAGCGAGGGUGUUGGGGACUAGGGCGUUGCAGAUCAGUAUGAACGCACCAGUCCUGGUACCGGUAGAGGGGGAGACGGAUCCGCUCGAGAUUGCGCUGAAGGAGUUGGCGGCGAAGAAGAUCCCGCUCGUGAUAAGGCGAUAUCUGCCUGACAACUCGUUCGAGGACUGGAAAGUGGAGGAGCUUAUAUUGCAAGAGUAG